AUUCGGUUACUUACAUCGACUCGUUACUGUCGAGAGAGUAACAGCCAUCGACUCCUCCUUUCACCUGCAAGAAAAUAUCUCUAUAUAUAUAUACACACAAACACACAAUUCGUCUCUUAGACUCAAAUAAUUAAUCAUGCGAGAGUGUAUCAGUAUCCACGUGGGUCAGGCUGGUGUGCAGAUUGGCAAUGCCUGUUGGGAGCUGUACUGUCUGGAACACGGAAUCCAGCCUAAUGGACAGAUGCCCAGUGACAAGACCAUGGGAGGCGGAGAUGACUCUUUCAACACCUUCUUCAGCGAGACAGGAGCCGGCAAACAUGUCCCCAGGGCUGUGUUUGUGGACUUGGAGCCAACUGUCAUAGAUGAGGUUCGUAGUGGCACCUACCGUCAACUGUUCCACCCUGAACAGCUCAUCACUGGGAAGGAAGAUGCUGCCAACAAUUAUGCCCGUGGCCACUACACAAUUGGCAAAGAGAUCAUUGAUCUGGUCCUGGACAGAGUCCGUAAACUGGCUGACCAGUGCACAGGUCUCCAGGGAUUCCUGGUUUUCCACAGCUUUGGUGGUGGCACUGGCUCAGGGUUCACCUCACUGCUGAUGGAGCGUCUCUCAGUUGACUAUGGCAAGAAAUCUAAGCUGGAGUUCUCCAUCUACCCAGCCCCACAGGUGUCUACUGCAGUGGUCGAGCCCUACAACUCCAUCCUAACCACCCACACUACCCUAGAGCACUCUGACUGUGCCUUCAUGGUAGACAAUGAAGCCAUUUAUGAUAUCUGCCGAAGAAACCUGGACAUUGACAGACCAACUUACACCAACCUGAACCGUCUCAUUAGUCAGAUUGUAUCCUCUAUCACAGCCUCCCUCCGUUUUGAUGGUGCCCUGAAUGUUGAUCUGACUGAAUUCCAGACCAAUUUGGUGCCAUACCCCCGUAUCCACUUCCCACUGGCCACCUAUGCACCUGUUAUCUCAGCUGAGAAAGCCUAUCAUGAGCAGCUUUCUGUGUCUGAAAUAACCAAUGCCUGCUUUGAGCCAGCCAACCAGAUGGUCAAAUGUGACCCACGGCACGGCAAGUACAUGGCCUGCUGUCUCCUUUACCGCGGUGAUGUGGUGCCAAAAGAUGUUAAUGCAGCCAUUGCCACCAUCAAGACCAAACGGAGCAUCCAGUUUGUGGACUGGUGCCCGACUGGCUUCAAGGUUGGCAUCAACUACCAACCUCCCACUGUGGUUCCUGGAGGUGACUUAGCCAAGGUGCAGCGGGCUGUGUGUAUGCUGAGCAACACCACAGCUAUUGCUGAGGCCUGGGCUCGCCUGGACCACAAGUUUGACCUGAUGUACGCCAAGCGUGCGUUCGUUCACUGGUACGUGGGCGAGGGUAUGGAGGAAGGCGAGUUCUCUGAGGCUCGGGAGGAUAUGGCUGCUCUGGAGAAAGAUUAUGAAGAAGUUGGUGUUGACUCAGUUGAAGGUGAUGGUGAAGAGGAAGGGGAAGAGUAUUAAUAUGAAGGUUUUUUUGAGUGAGAUCUUGUUGACUUUCACAAAAGGCAUGCUUCUUGCAUUCAGACUCCAUUCAUUCCAGUGUUUCUGUUCAACAAUUGAAUGUGAUGUUACACAACAAGGGUUUUAGGGAAAGUACAAGUUUGUUGCUUUGUAGAGUGUCAAUCUUUAACGGGUUGUCUUAAUUUGUUCAGAUCUGUGAUCAUGUCUGCUUCUGUCUGGUUCUUCUUUUCUAUCAUGUCAGAUGCAAUAAAAGAGCUUG